GCCCUCUUCAAUACGAUCGUGUCUCUGACAUCUCCAUACGCGUCGCUGCGAAUCACCUCCGAUCCAAAGCCAUCCAUUUAUCGAGUGCUUCCCACCGGAGAGGAAGUCACCAUGGAUGCGCAUAAGUUCGCCUCCAAGGGGGUUCCAGAGGCCCUAUCACUCCCCCCCAAAUGGCUGGGAAUGUACAGUGAUUUCAUUCUGAAGAAUGCCAGCGCGGUCAGCCAGAUAGAGAGUGCGCUGCGAUCGUUAACAUAUAUAAUACCGGGUCGAUUCCGCGAAUCUGAAAUCGCAUCCGAGUCCUUACAUUCUGGUGUCCAACUCCUCUCCCUAUACCAUGACUCCCUCCUUUCAAAAGCCAUCUCACGUCUUCCGCUUCCCCAACGGCCCCAUCCUUCUCCACAUAACCGCUACACGAAGUUCUGGUCACAACGAUCCCCGUUCUAUCGCCGCCUUGCCCUCACGCUGCAGAUGAUUCAAUACACGGAAUUACUGUGGGAAAUGGCCGCCAAACGCAAGGGAGAAAAGGUCCGAUGGCGCGUGGUGGUCUUCCUCGAAGCCAUCAAAGCCCUCUGCCGGCUCCUCUUACUCCGCCUCACCAAUUCACGACCGCUGUUAAGCCCGCCUCUCCCCGAACGCGAAGUCGACCCCGCCACAGUCGAGGAGAGUGCUCGUGCAGCGAGCGCGGAGGAGCGGGGUGAGCCUCUUAUCCCUCCCCCGGACCUGAAUGAUGGCUCGCAGACACCCCCAUCGGAACGCUCCGAGGCGCCCUCAGAUGCCGGAUGGACGAUGCCGCGGACGGGUCUGUCCAUGCCAAGCCUGCCUGACACGAGCGAUAUUUCGAGCUACCUCCUCAGCAAGGUGCUGACGGCGGAUGACAUCAAGCCUCCCAAGGCGCUGUUGCAUCGCGUUUCGGGCAAGGGUGAGAUCGCGGAGAUCUUGUACAUCCUGCGACCAGUGGUAUAUGCAUUCGCUAUGCAGAGAUGGGGCCGCGACAAGAAGAACUGGACUCCUUGGCUGCUAGGUCUCAGCAUCGAGUAUGGCGCUCGACAACUCGCAAAGAAUGAUUUCCAGGAGCGCUUGGCUGGCGGGCUGCGGGGAUUGACGGUUUUAGAACGAGAGGAACUCCGCAAGCGAGGAUGGAAUCUGGGUUGGUGGAUGAUGCGCGGUGCCUUCUACGAGAACAUCACCAAGGGAUGGAUCCACACAGUAUCGCAAAAGCUACAAAACAAGCCUUUACUAGGCUUGGUAGGCGGUAUCAUCGAGGAUUACGAAUUCCUUUGGGAUCAGCACUAUUUCCCCACAGCAACGCUGUGAGAGUCCACUCAUUUACAAUUUCCUUUGCAAUAUUCGGUCGAGAGCAGCAUUGGCUUGGUCACGGCGCAGUUCUUGACAUAUACCCAGGUCACUUGAGGGUUAACGAUGGAAGUGUUCGGUUAACAGACGCUGUUUGAUGCAAUAGACGGAACAUGCGCCAUUGUACACUAUAUAUUAACUAUGUGGGAAUCAUCUUUUCCGAGGAAAUUGUUGGAACAUUUAGUGGUUAGGGAUGAGGCCUUCGCGAUUCAUGGGCUAGGGGCGUACGGUAUAUGUACUAAUUACGCUACAACCACUUCUCAUAUGAAGUGAAAGAACUAUAGUGAUCUUGAGACAUACGUCCGUUACGAUCUGAGCAUUAAAGUUCUAGUAAAAUUGAGUG